AUGUCUCAACCGAACGACUACACAGUCGGUUGGAUAUGCGCCGUCAGUACGGAAUACGUUGCCGCACAAGCUUUUCUCGACGAGGAACACGAAGGACCAGAACAUGUGUCGCCCAAUGACAACAAUGAUUAUACACUGGGCAAAAUAGGGAAACACAAUGCCGUCAUCGCUGUCUUGCCCGAUGGGGAGUAUGGCACAUCCCGCGCUGCCAGUGUCGCGAGCGAUAUGAUGCACAGCUUUCCUAAUGUCAGAAUUGGUCUGAUGGUCGGCAUUGGCGGUGGUGCGCCAAGUCGAAAGCAUGAUAUCCGUCUGGGCGACAUCGUGGUCAGCGCUCCUCGAGAUGGGAAGAGUGGCGUGCUCCAGUACGACUUUGGCAAAACUAUUCAAAAUCGGAGCUUCCAACGAACAGGCGUCUUGAACCAACCACCUGCAGUCCUACGGGCGGCAGUGAAUGGACUCAAGGCACAGUACGAGAGGAAAGGCCAUGGUCUCGAAGAGAAGAUAAACGACAUUGCCCAAAAGAACCAAAGACUGCAGAAGAAGUACAGCCGGCCAGACCCAAGUAGUGACAGGCUGUAUCAGUCUGGAUUCGUGCAUCCUGUAGAUGACGACUCAAGCUGCGCGGCAGCCUGUGGUACUGAGUUAUCCAAGCUGAUACUGCGAUCCGAACGGACUCAAGUCGAGGAUAAUCCGGCAAUCCAUUACGGCGUUAUUGCCUCGGGAAACCAGCUGAUGAAGGAUGCUUCGGUCAGGGAUAAGCUUGCCGCAGAAGAAGACAUUCUAUGCUUUGAAAUGGAAGCGGCGGGGCUGAUGAACCACUUUCCUUGCCUAGUUAUCCGCGGUAUUUGCGACUACUCGGAUUCCCACAAGAACAAGGAGUGGCAGGGCUAUGCAGCGAUGGUGGCUGCUGCAUAUGCGAAGGAUCUUCUCUGCCGAAUAGCUCCAAAUAGGGUUGAAGCUGAAAAGAAGUUCGGCGAUAUUCUAUCUGAUCUCCAUAAAGUCGCAGAGGAGCACCGGGACGUUGCAAAAGAGCACCGUCAAAUUGCAAAAGAGCAUCUCCAAGCCCAGAAAGAUCUAGCAAAGAAAAGGCUGUCUAAAGACGAACAAAAGUGUCACCAGCUGUUCCGCCUCACAACCGGCAGCAGGGACGCCACAUACGAGUGGUAUAAAGACCGAGUGGAAGAAAGGGUUGAAGACACAUGCAUGUGGUUCCUCAAGCAUGAGCACUUCCAGAUGUGGUUGGACCAGGAGUCUGGCCCCCUACUAGUCUCGGCGGAUCCUGGCUGUGGAAAGUCGGUGCUGGCCAAGUACCUGAUCGACCACGGCCUGCUACGAUCGACAACCAUCUGCUACUUCUUCUUUAAAGACCAAGACCAGAACACCGUCCGGCAAGCACUUUGCGCACUGCUACACCAGCUCUUCUCUCAGAAGCCGUCUCUGAUCGAACACGCCAUGACACAAUUCCGCAAGGAUGGGCAAGGCAUGAUCAACUCUACAGAAUCGCUCUGGAAGGUUCUGCGAAACGCUAUAAAAGAUCCUCAGGCAGGACCUGUAAUCAUGGUCCUUGAUGCCCUGGAUGAAUGUGCUGAAUCAGAGUUUGCGGACCUGAUGCGGAAUGUGGAGAGCCAAUUCCGCAGUGACCAUUUGCGCCAUGGCAAGUUGAAGUAUCUUCUAACCUGCCGCCCGUAUGAACAGGUCGUGUCCAAGUUCCGCGGCCUAUUGGACGCUUUUCCAAAUAUCCGUAUACCUGGAGAGGAAGAGUCAGAAACGAUCAGCCAGGAGGUGAAUCAUGUCAUUACGCACCGGAUCAAUCAGCUGUCGAUGAAAAAGCGCCUCUCACGUCAAAUCAAGAGCCACCUGGAGAAAAGACUACAGGAGACUACCCACCGCACUUAUCUCUGGGUAUACCUUGUGUUCGACUACUUGGAGAAGGAAAACUUUAAAAAGACACCAAAGGGGGUCGAGUCCAUCAUUGCAAUACUUCCAAGGAGUGUCAAUGAGGCAUAUGAGCAAAUUCUUAAUAAGUCUAAGCAAGAUCCGAUGGUUCGGAAAGCCUUGAGUAUCGUGUUGGCCGAGAGUCGGCCAUUAACCCUCUCGGAAAUGAACAUUGCCGUGAAUAUAGACUACACAUCACAGUCUAUCCACGACCUCGACUUGGAGGAUGACGAGGACUUCAAGACGCGUCUCAGAUCUUGGUGUGGAUUGUUCGUCUCAAUCCAUCAAGGCAGUAUUUAUUUCCUUCACCAAACAGCUCGCGAGUUUCUCCUCGCAGAUUUGGCAUCGCCCACAACUGUUUCGUCAGAGCUGCACUGGCAUCACUAUAUCACUACCCAAGACGCACACGCCGUUCUUGCGGAACUCUGCGUGCUCUAUCUGAACUUCCUCAACUCCAACGUUAGUCUACCGACAGAUGCGAAUGGGGAAGCCGGCCACUCUUUCGAUAGACACGCCUUCUUAGAUUACUCGGCCCAAACUUGGGGCGCUCACUUCCGUGAGGCUGAUAUCAUCGAUGACGCUGCUAUUAUACCUUUCGUUCUGAGAAUUUGUGAUUCGGAUUCGAAGAGCUACUCGGUGUGGUUUAGAAUCUGUUGGGAGACUACACAUAUGAGGACUCCCGAGUAUUUUACGGAUCUCAUGGUAGCGUCGUACUAUGGCCAUCGUGUCGUCGUCAAGCUACUUCUCGAAAAGGGCGCGGAGAUCGAGGCGAAAGACAGCGGGCAUGGUCGGACGCCACUAUCGUGGGCCGCCGAGAAUGGGCACGAGGCCAUCGUCAAGCUGCUGCUCGAGAAGGGCGCUGACGUUGAGGCCAAGGACGAAGAUGGGAUGACGCCGCUAUGGCGGGCCGCCACUUAUGGGCACGAGGCCAUCUUCAAGCUGCUGCUCGAGAAGGGCGCCGACGUCGAGGCGAAAAAUAGCAGGUAUGGUCAGACGCCGCUAUCGUGGGCCGCCGAGAAGGGG